GGUAGCGAUGCGUACAUUCGCAGCAGCAGCAGGCUAACGCCAAUGGCUAUUCGGGCAACAUAUCGGAGACACAGGCAAAUCCCAUGGUAGAGAAACCUACACAGGAUUCCAUCCACAGUACAUCUAUGACAUGUAUGGACGCUAGAUGAUGACACAAAACACGACGGCCGAGGGGAACGUGAGCGGGGCGACACCCCCGCCGGGACCCCGAAUGGUCCCGCCCAACCCCCAGCUGAUCGAGGCCUUCAACUGGUUCAACGUUGCCGUGGUAACGGCCAUCAUGCUGGCGAUGGGCUGCACGCUCAAGCUGAGGGAACUCAUCCGGGUACUCAAGCAGCCCUCACAGAUUGAUCGCCGUUUCUUCGUGGGGGUCGCGAUCGGCUUCCUGUGCCAGUUCAUCGUGCUCCCCCUCGUCGGGUUUGGACUCGCCCACGCGCUGCAGUACUCCUCCAUGACCGCUAUGGGCGCUCUUGUGGUGUCCUGCUGUCCCGGGGGAACCACCUCCAACCUGCUGACGUUCUGGAACCGUGGUGACGUGGCGCUAAGCGUAACGAUGACGACAGUCUCCACGGUGCUGGCCAUGGGCAUGAUGCCGCUGAACCUGUGGCUGUACUCCCGCAGCUGGACGCAAGAUGUCGCUGUUGUGCCGUACAAGGAGAUCGUCGUCACGCUGGCCAUGAUCCUCAUCCCCGUCACCGUCGGCAUGCUGAUCAAGUACUGGUUCGAGAAACUCGCCAAAGUCAUAGUUAUGAUCGGCAGCGUGAUCGGCCUGCUGGGUAUCACCACGACGUUCGUGCUGAGUGUCGUCAUCAACCCGGCAAUGUUCAAGGUCUCGUGGAACGUCUGGGUGGGCGCGCUACUGCUGCCCAUCGUCGGUGGCGUGCUGGGCUACGGCGUCUCUAGCGCGCCCUUCCUCCGGCUGAGCCACCCGCGGCGCCGCGCCAUCGCCCUGGAGACGGGCGUGCAGCACGUCACGCUCGCCGUCGCCAUCAUCCAGCUCACCUUCGCCAAGAAGAAGCAGUUCCUCUCCGAGCUGCUCGUCUUCCCCAUGCUGUACGCGCCCUUCCUGGUGGUGCUCGGCUUGGCCGUCACCGGAAUAUUCCGGCUCUGGCUCGUGGCGACGGGACAGAACAAGAAUCCGGAAACCGGAGCCGGGGACAAGUUCGCCGACAAUCCGGAAAACACCGGAAACUUGGAAAAGAACGGAGUCGCAAACAUCGUUGCUAUGGAGAUUGAUGACGAAGUUCACAAGAACAGGUCAUAGAACUGGAGUAAAUAUAAGCCAUAGAUUUAUCUAGAUCUAUCAUAAUCUUGUUAACAUCAACGGAUAUUUCAUAACCACAUAGGCCUUCUCUCUUGCGCGAAGGCCUCCCUCACACCAUUUUUAUAAUUCCAAAAAAGAUUAAGAUGACCAUUGCGUGACCAUGGAAUCCAAGGCACUUCGCAUCUACAACUUACAAGUAACGCUUCCUGUUUUUAAUCGUGCGAAUCUCAUCUUCAUGCAGCCUGGGUGCCAUCCUAUUUGUAUACCUGGUUUCCCAUACACAGCGAGUAUACAGAUAGGAUGUCACCUAGGCUAAUCUUUAUGUAGUGAGAUGACUGAUUCUGGAACGGGAGACUCAAUGCCAUCACCGCUAUAAAUUAGCCAGGCACAAAUGAAAUGUUCUUGACCGAGGGACGAUCAUAUAUUAUUAUAUUCCAAAGAAAAUUUACACAGCUUAGAUAACGGUACAGAUAGAACCAUAGAACCCACUUUUACCAUGGUCCCAGCUUUGGUGCAUUUUGGUAGGUCUUCAAAACUGCAUCAGUACUACAAACUAUAGUUACUCAUAUCUUACACGUGACCUUACAGAUCACGUGACUGACCAUACAGACCACGUGACAGACAUGACAAACCACGUGACUGACAUUAAAGACCACGUGACAGACCUUAAAGACCACGUGACUGACCAUACAGACCACGUGACUGACCUUCAAGACCACGUGACUGACCUUACAGACCACGUGACUGACCUUAAAGACCACGUGACAGACCUGAUAAACCACGUGACUUACCUUAAAGACCACGUGACAGACCUGGGAAACCCCACGUGACUGACCUGAUGAAGGUGAAAGAUGCCAGGAUCCUCGCCUAUCAUGUAUCAUGAUCAGACCUGUAUAUAAAAUGUGUUCCACUAGAAACAAAAUCCCUCAGUCUCUAACGCAAGUCCAAGUGCAUUGUAUAAAGUCAUACACUAUACAGAAACAUUUUUUUGUUCAAACACAAGUUUUUUUUCUUACACGGUAUUGCUACAUGUACAUGUCGGAUGAAGAUGUGACAGGAUCGCAGAUGUAAAUAGAAUCUACCCCGUGGGCACAUAUAUGCCAAAGGAAUAUUUUUGGGUACUUUUUUGUUUAUGGUAAGGAAUGGUGUAUACUGUACGUACCUCAGUCUCUCUCAAGAGACGUAGUUGAUAGAUCGUCGUUGCGAAUGUAACAUAGUAACCAACAUCUUGAUAUGUAUUUAGUAUAACGGUUGCCAAUUAAAGCAAUAUGUCAUGCCAAGGUAAAUAAGGUACCAAACACCUCGUCUGUAACAUAAUACAUGAGAAUAUAUAUAUAUAUACAUUACCAAAUACUACCAUUAUCAAGGGUUGAACCUGUUAUUCACAAAAUUGAUUUCCUAUAUUUUAUGCAGAAAGGGGGAGGUUGUGCACUCUGUGAAAGUUAUUGUAAAUAGAUGGAGCUUAACUGAAUAUUUGAGAUUAAUAAUUUUUUCCCUAAACGUUUAAACAUAUUAUGGAGUCUAAU